AUGACCUCCCUCGGCUUGCUUCUCCUUGGCCUCAGUGCCUUCCUUUCAACGGCAUGGUCUUCAUCCAUCAUCGACAACCGCCAGUACUACCCUGGUGAUCCCUCGGAAGGUGGACCAGUCACUCCUCAAAGCUGCACAGAGACAUCCUUCACCAGUCCACGCUGGGGCAUCUACAGCCCAACAUUGGUUACGGUGAACGGGUCCAGUGGUGGCUCACAAGGCGAUAUCCGUUUCUUGACCGUCAACAUUGCAACCAAUGUCUCCGCAGCCUGCAUUGCAAGGAACAUCAACCUUGAUCCAAAGGGACCAGACGCCCUCAACAUAUGGCAUGACUGCGAUAUCCCCAACCUCAAGUUCCAGUUCAAUCUCACCAGCUUUGAUAUGCGGUUGCGGGGGACCUGGCUUUGUGAGAACACAACUGGCUUCACCUUCACUGCACAAGGUGUCUGGGAGCAGCCACUGAUCCAAGGCUGUCUGGAUGACUGGCAAGCCCCACGAGGACAGGAGACCCUGUGUAUCAUGGGCAACUCGCAAGUCUGGGGAUCUCUGACCACACCCGUCCAGAUCCAACCUCAACUUCCCAUACGCCCAUACACUCCAUCUGAGCUGCCUGAACGCUGUGUGGACAGAUCUUGGGACCCCCAGUGGCUCGUGGAGAGUCUCGUUUAUCGGAACUAUUCAUCCAUCUCCGGCGGGAACAGUACAAAGGAGACCCAGGAACUAACAUUUGAACUGACCAACAUCUCGAAUGAGAAAAAGUCCCAUUGUCUCGUCACCAGUCUUGGGAACUUCACCAGCGCAGAUGGUUCUACACCAUGGGUUCCUUGUCAAACAAGCGGCCCUGAUGAAAAGCUCAGUGUGAUGCUUGCCGUACAAAGCGGCAUCUUGGGGGUUAGACAGGAUUGGAACUGUUUAGACGGCAUCGAAGGCAUUGAGCCAAACCACUACAGUGGAACUGGCUUCAUGCCUCUGAGCUUCACCUGCGGACCUCCCACGAACCAAACGAUCCGAUCCCUCCGUGGCCGUGUCUCAAGAUCGAAAACCCCCAACACCUUCCGGUGCACCACGCCCGCUACCAACUUCACAGGCUACGAGGCCAGCCAAUUGCCCGUCAUGCCUCAUACACUUUACACAAGAAGCUGCACGGUCGGCUCCGUCACCAAUACUUCGUCCCUAAUUGUUCGUGGAUAUGAGAUCAGGACCGAGACCAUUCCAAGGCCCAGCAAGUCCAAGACGGUAUCUGGAACUUUUGACCUGUACAACCCUGGGUCCGGUGACACCUACAGGCUGCAUGGGCUUCAGAUACAAGAUGACGGCGCUUGGCAUGAAUGCAAACUGGCCCCCACAGAAUCAGGAGAGCAACAGCCACUCCCUUGGCAGCUAUACCAUUGUGAGUACCGUUUCGGCCCUGGGCUGCGCGACAUCGCCUUCAAGCUCAAGUGGGAGUGUGAUGAUCGUGAUCCCUUGCAUCCGGUGCUGUUUGCUGCAACGGCAAACUCGAAACUGCCUGCCCAAGACUGCUCUGAGUGGAGAACCCUACAAGGGUUUAGCAGCUCAUGUCGCUUGCCGGAAUUCUCAAUACCUGUUGAGUCGCUGAGUUGGUCUUCACUCUCUUCUCCUAUGGAGAGGGGUCCGACUUUACCUUGGGUUUAA